AUGGGAGGAGCUGUUUGCACCAAAAUAGAUGAGUUAGGUCCAAAGACAAAAGAAAUAUUUGAACUUGAAUUUGAUAUGGAAUAGGCUGAACUCAUUGAGUCUUCUGAUAAAUACAAGCUUUAUAGGAUAAAAAAGAAUUAAAAGGUGAUCAGAAAAAGAGGAAAAUCAAACGAUUUUCAACCGAAUUCUAAAGUUAAAAAGGGAGGAGAAGAAGAAGAAAAUAUAGAUGGGAAAAUUUUAGCUGUAAAGUUUGAGAAUUAUAUUUUGAAUCCUGGAAAUUUCAUUGACUCAUAUCUUCCUAGAGAUGAAAAAUUAUUGACAAUUGAACCAAACAAGAAUAUUAUCAAAAUAUUUGACAUUUAUAGCUGGGAAGAAUCAAAAUCCGUAUUUUAAAAAGUUUAUAUUAUUGAAAAUAUUCAAACUACUUUGAGACAAGAGUUAAGAAUUAUGGAGAUUAAAAACAUGCAAUACACUGAUGACGAGUUUAUAAAGCUUAUUGGAGAUUUAAUUUAAGGAUUAGAGUUUUUGAGAGGCAAAAAAUUGCAAGUUAAUAUUGAUGUUGAUCAUGUUUAUAAAGUAGAAAAUGACUAUAAGUGGGCUUCGUAUGAAAGUAUUGCAUUAUAUGAUAAUCCUUUACCAGUGCAACAAGAACUUUACAAUAUACUUUAACUGGUUAUGCUCAUUUUAAAAAAAGUUUUUCAUUCUAAUGAAACCUCUAUUUUGAAAUAGAAUCACCAGAAAAGCUUUAAACUCAUUUAGUAAAUGCAGGUUUACACAGAAUAAAAUUUGAGUAUCGAUUUCUACAAGAAAUUUUACCUUUUGAUAGAGAAUAUUAAAGAAUAAGAUAACGACUAUUUGUUUACAAAGAUGGUUGAAGAAAUCAAAAUCAAAAUAGAUAAGAAUAAUCAGCUUGAGUUAGUAGAAGAGCUAAAAAAGUUUAAACCUCAAGAACUAAAAUUAGAGAUAGAGGGCAAAGAUGAAACUCUUUGGAGAACUGUGAAUGAGGAAAUUAGGAAGAUGUUUGAGAUAAAGUAAUUAGAAAUAAAAAGUAAUCAAAGCCAGAUAACUUCUUUGUAAGCUAAUGAUAUAUGUCUGGCAAUAUCAAGUACAUGCAAAAUGAUGGACAGUCUUUCUUUGGUGAUGAAAGAAAAUUUGCUUGAUAAAGAUUUUUUGCAUUACUUUUCAACUUUUUUUUCUUAGUUCGAAUUUGUAAACUUAAAAUUAGAAUUAAGUAGCAACUAUCUAAGCAGUAACUACAAGUAAUUAAGAUAGCUUCUAGUCAAUUAACAAAAUUCACUUAUUACACUUCACUUAGAUUUAGAAAAUAAUUUCGUUACAAAAGAAGAAGCAAUAUAAUUAGCGUUUGGAUUUUCUAGGUUGUAUAUGCUCUAACAUCUCUAUUUAAACCUAUCAAAUAAUUAUAUUAGCAAUUAUGGUUAUAUCAACCUAAUAGAAUGCAUUUCAUGUCUUUCUUAUCUGUCUAGUUUAAGCCUUUAUUUCAGUAAGUGCUAUAUAGAAUAUGAAGGAUUUCUAGUAACUGAGCUACUGUCUAAUCUGCUAAAUUUAACUCAAAUUAAACUUGAUAUUAGUUUGAAUAAUUUAAAGAAAAAAGUUAAUUAAAUUUCUAUUCGAGAUUUUAAAAAAUAAGAUAGACCCAAUUAGGAAUAAAGAAAAACUGAAUUUUUUAAUAACUUGAUUGGAGAGCUUAAUUAAUUUCAGCAAAAUGAACCUUUGUAAUCUCCUAAAAAUGCUAAUGAGGAUAAAUUAUUAAAUCCUGCACUUCUUCCUGGCCCUCAUUUAAUAGAAGAGGAGGAGGAAAACUCAUCAAAGGAAACUCAAACAAAGAUUAAGGGAUUAUAUGGAACAGCCAAUACCUUACCUAACAACUUUGAAGAAAAAGAUGUUACUAGCUUUAGCAAUUCGAAAAUCGAAUUACAAUAGUAAUAAUAAUCUGACUAAAAUAUUGGGAGUUAUUAGAAGACUGCAUCUUUUUCUUUGAUUUAACCGAAACAAAAUAAAUAAAUAACUAAUGUUGUUAAGUUUUCCAGUAAACAAUCGAGCAUGAAAAGGAUAGAAGAAGAAAAGGCUGAAAGUAAAAAGAAAUAAACUUAGAAGAAUAAUCCAUUUUUAUUCGUUAAUAAUCCUUAGUUGGGAUCGAUUUAUUUAAAUUUAUGUAAGACAAAUUUAGUUGAAGAGCAACUUCAACUGCUCCUUGAUAAGAUACCUAAAUAGAGAGAAAAGCUUAAAUAUUUAAGGCUAAAUAUACAAUCGAAUAGUGAGUUAAAGAAUUUUAAACAAGUUUCUGAUUCCAUCAUGUACUUAAAAGACUGUAUUGAGUUAGAAAUCAACUGUGAAAAAAAUUAUUAUGAUCUGAUUGAUAGAGAUUUUGUUGAUUUUAAUCUAAGUAGUCUCCUAUGCUUAAGAAAGCUCACCUUGAAUUUUAAUUAUAUAUAUCUCUAAUUAAGAUAGAUAAUGAACUUGUUUCAAAGCAUUCAAUAUCUGAGUGAACUAACUGAACUGGAACUGUGUUUGUUUGAAAAUCAGCUUGAAAAUCAAGGCAUUAUGUUACUUGGAGAGUCGCUGAAAAAUUUAAAGAAAUUAGUCUAUCUCAAAUUAUUCUGCUAUAAAAUAGGCUUGCAAAGUUAUCCUGAAGAAAGUGAAAACAUGCUUAUUCACAAUUAAAAUCUAGCAGCUAUUUAAAAUAAAAAAAUUUUACCAAAUUCAGGAUAAUCUAUUUCUUUUCAAAACUAAACAUAACCUCAAAUUGGCAAUAUAUAGUCUCCAUUGCUGAUUGAGUAAGACUAUCAAGACAAAGAAAUUGAAAAUAAUGAGCUAGAAAAUGAUUAAAAUUUGAAUAAUUUCAAGGAUAUUCCUGCUGCAAUUACAAACUCAAACAUCACAGGUUCAAUACUCCCACAACAGCUAUAGAGUCCUCAUAAUAAUAUAAUAAUUAAUUAAUAAUAACAAAUAAACGCAUUAAUUAAAUAGCAUAGUAUUGCACUAAGUGCACAUUCUCCUGCUCAUGGACAUAUAAAUCAAUUUGCUUCUCAUCCUGAAAACAUGCUAGCUCCUAUUAGUAAGGCAAUCUCUUAAAUGAAUUAAUUAUAAACUUUAAAAAUUUGUUUAUCUUUCAAUAUACUUGGAGUUCUAGGCUUAUAAUAAUUUAGUUAGUGUUUAAACAAUAAAUCAAAUUUAACUAAAUUAAGUCUGAGUUUUAGAAAUUGCAUGCUUGAUAAAUCUGACAACUUUUCGUAUUUACUCAACAGUCUAAAUGGAGUAGCUUCUAAUUUAAAAAUAUUAAAUCUUAACUUAAAAAACAAUCUUAAUCUUAAUUAAUCUAUAAGUAUAAGCAAUAAUUAUUUUUAAAACAUGGUGAAUUUGGAAGAUCUUACACUUAAUUUUCAGAAAAGUGAUUUGGCUGAUUUAGGAAUUACAAAUAUAGCUACAAAUUUAUUAUUUAUAACCAAAACUCUUAAAAAUCUAAGUAUUUCUUUAAGCGAACAGCUCUUAAUUUCAGAUUAAGCUCUUUUUAAUCUUUUUAUCAGUAUAUCCAAAUGCUAAAAUUUAGAAACGAUAAAGCUAGAUUUAUCUAAGAAUGUCUACCUGAACACCUUACAAGGGAUAGAAAACUUUAAUAAAAUUCUGAACUUAAAAUAAUAUUCACUUUAAUUAAGUAAAUGUACCAUAGAUUUAAUUGGAGGAGCUAAUAUUUCUACCUCUUAUUAUUUUUAAUAACCUAAACUAGAAAUUUUAAACCUUAGUCUUUCUAAUAACCAAUUAGCAAGUCCCGGACUUCAAAGUUUAUCAAAUAGUCUUUAAACUUUAACAAGUAGCUUAAAGUAAUUAAUCCUGGAUUUAGAAUCAAAUUCAAUAGAAGAAAACGCUUUCUAAAAGCUAUUUAAUAUUAUUUCUGAAAUGACUGAAUUAACAUUAUUAGAAUUAGAUUUGAGCAAGAAUUCUUUACAAUCAAUUUAACCAUAAAAUUUUUCUCUUAUAUUACCAACAAAAUGUUAGCUCAAAAAAUUAACACUAAUUCUAAAAAAAACUUUUAUUACUCCCUAAAUGUGCAGUGCUCUAUUCUUAAGAAUGAAAAAGCUAACUAAAAUAGUUGACCUUACAUUAGAUUUCAGCUAAAAUAUGUUAGAAAAAUCAUAGUCUUAAGUAAUUAAUCCUUAACAAUAAAUUAAUAAUUAUUAAUAAUAAUAAUUGUUAUAAUCGAACAAUGCAAUAAUUUAAAAUGAAAAACAAAAUCCCCAACCCGAAACAGAAUAAUCUAAUUAAGUAUUAGUUGUCCCAGGUCAUUAAAAAGGUGCAUCAAACACUUCGCUUAAUGCUAUUUUAAAAGCUCCUUCUGGUGCAGUGAUCUCAUAAAACUAUAAUGCUUUGGAAAAACCUUAAGAUAAGAUUUUAAUUAGCCAUUAAAACAACCCCUCUUCUCUUUCAAUUAUUAGCUUUCCUCCUUAAUUGUAUAAAAGAAAUUCUAUGAGUGCAUAAAUUGUAAAUAGUUUAGCUAAUCCCUUCGAAGCUUUUCCUGAAGCUUUAUAAAAUAUGAAUCAUUUAUGUAGUUUAAAACUUAAUAUUAUGUAAAACAUGUCUGCUUUAAAUACAAGUCUAUUUUACAUUACUCAUGGAAUCGUUGCUUCAUGUAUAAAUAUGCAUCAUAUUAAAGUAAAAAGUGAGGCAUGGAAUGCUUGCUAUUCUUCAUUUAUGCUUUACUUUAUAGAAGUCAAAAACCAAAUCCAAACUAUCUUGGCUAGGAAUAAGAUUCUUAUUUCUCUAUCAGAAUAAUUUGGAUCAUCAAUCUUAAAUGAUUGGAAUUUACUAUAUACAUCAACUAUUUAAUGA